AUGGUUGGGCAAGAUCUGUUGUAUCUUUAUUAUUCUAAUGGAAAUUCGUUACUAGCCUUUAAAAAAUCUGAACCAAAUUUAAAUUUAGAUGUACCUAAUAUAUUGAAUGUACAAAAAUCGACUAGCGUUAAUGCAGGAAACAGUAAAUGGAGGUGGACAGGAGCUGUAGAAAUAAAUAAUUAAUUUCUCUUUUAGAGUUCUUAAGAUUAAGGCUUGGCAAUAAUGGAUUUGAGAGUGUCUCCACAGCUUAUGACUCCAGCAUAUUAAAUACCAGUUAAUAUAAGUGGAGGAUCUGUAGAUUCAUUUUUUCUCUUUGGUAAGAACCAAAUUUAUUUGGCAGUCCCUAUUCAAACUUUGACAACCAUGAUGAAUAUAUAUAACAUAACAGAUAGAAAAAACCCUAUUUUAAUUUAAUCUAUGCCAUCUGAUGACCCUUCUUAUUCAUAUUCUAUGGACAUGAGCGAUGAUGAGACACUCUUUGUGUUUGAUAACAAUUUUAGCUUUGUCUUAUUUAAUAGUACAACAAUAGGUAAAUUUAUAUAAAUUAGCUAGUGGUAAUUCUAAAAUGGAGUAUUUGGCGGUAUUGCAAACGGAUUGAUUAUUUCUCAUGAUAGUAAUUUUAUUGUAGCUGUAGAAAGAGCUAGUGUUAUUUGCGUUGUGGAUAUUUCAAAUAAGAAAAACCCACAAUUAGCUAGUUUUUCUAGAACCAAUGGAGGAGAAAAUAUUAUAAAAGCCAAAUAUGGCUCUAAUAAACAAUAUGCUUUCAUAGUGCAAGGCUUAUAUGAAUAACACAUAUGCACUAGUGAGUUAGCUAGACAUUGGUGA